AUGCAUACUCUCUUAUUUUUGUACAAGUCAUUUAAGAGAGUUGUGGUUUAUGAAUCGGUAUCAAAUUGUUGUUGUUACCACCGUUUUGCAACUUGUACGACAACCGUCUCUCGCAAUGAAAACUUGGGUAAACUUCAAGCUGGUUAUCUCUUUCCUGAGAUUGCUAGAAGAAAGUCUGCACACUUGCUCAAGUACCCUGAUGCAAUAACAAUAAGCCUUGGGAUUGGUGAUACUACUGAACCCAUUCCUGAAGUCAAAAGUUCUGCAUUGACAAAGAAAUUACUUGCAUUGUCAACCUUGCAAGGAUACAGUGGUUAUGGAGCUGAACAAGGUGAAAAGAUAUGUUAUAUCAAUAUCUUUUAG